AAAAACGUCUGGUGCGCCAUUUAUAGCAGCCCCCGGUAGCAGCCAUGUUAAAGUCGAAGUAAUGAUAGUUGUAGAGUGCCAGGGGCCCAUAUCAUAAAACUUGUUAUCUAUAAUAACAGCUAAAUUUCUAUGACAAAUGUGCUCUUAGCCAAUCAGAUGCCAUGGUUUCAGAAGCUUAUAACAGUAGCUUGUAACUUGCUAUUGAUAUCAAAGGCCCUGGUGUGCAGAAUCCGACCGACCUGAGCGCUAUAUAGACGAACCCACUACAAUAUUGCCGAUUCUGGAAUGUUGUACAGCGGAUCGCAUUCACUUAAGUUUCUAGCAUAUAGCAAGUGUAUAAAAUCUAUUUUGAUUUGGUAAAACAUGGCUGAACCACAGUCCUCAUCAAACUCAACAUCGGCGACCUCCGGAAUCCGAUCAACGACCACGGAUUCUAGCCACCAGGCUCGAGUAAUGCUCUGGUGUACGCCCAGGACAACGUCGACCAUUUUAACUAAAUGUCUGAGUUUUGUGCCGAAAACGCAGGUAUUCUUUGAACCAUACUACUUCUGCAACGAGGCCAUAGAAAGGUUGAAGAGCAUAGGGAUCAACAUUGAUCCGUCGUCGAUGAAGUCAUACGAUGAUGUCGAGAUGAAGGACUGGUGGACGACUGCAAACAUGAUCAGCGGUGGUGAUUGUAGCAAAGAGGGCAAACCAGACUUCGACCAGAUGAAGUACCCUUACAUUAAAGAGCUGUUGGAAAACCCAGAUCCGGAAAAAGAAGUGGUAUUCUUAAAAGAUAUGGCUUAUUGCAUUGAUGGUCGCUACCAAUUCCUGCCCGACAAAUCAUGCGGUUACCGACACGUUUUUCUGCUCCGGCAUCCGAGGAAGGUAUUCGCAUCUUGGCGAAAAGUAAUGUUGGACCUGGAUCAGGAUCCGAACGGUUCGGAACCAAAUGGAACAAGGUCAGAAUCUUUCCACAUAGUUAAGGAUUUGCCGGUAGUAUAUGCACCACCUGGACACUUCUUCAAAGAGCUCUAUGAUCUCUGGUUACACGUCAAGCUGAAUUACGAUCCGAAUCCGGUUGUCUUGGACAGCGACGAUCUCUUAUCCGACCCGGCCACAAUGCUACCCCGGUUUUGCACCGCGGUUGGAAUCCCCUACUCGGAUAACCUACUUAAGUGGCCUGAAAGUCCAGAUACCACAAACAGUUGGAUAAGCGCUUUUUCCCCUUCCAAUGAUUUUGAGUUUAUCCGAAUUUAUUGCAAGAAUUCUUUUAAUACCACACACUUCUUCCCUCCUUCCCCUCUCACAGAAAUGGAUAGUCUGACUGAAGAUGUGAAAGAAUGUGUCGAAGCAGUCAUGCCUUACUAUCAAGAAAUGUAUGACUCUCGAAUUUAAACGCAUAGGUCCGCAGUUCACCUCAUAGUGAUGAUUUUGCUUUAGUUUAAAAUCAAUCGUUUUGUGCUGAUGUGAGAGAUGCAAACAGUGCCCGGGUUUAAAAUGUGUAACAAGAAAAGCCCUCCUCCCUUGUGUGCAUGAUUUAAUGAUAUCUUUUAGUUACUGUCCCAGUGGCAGUGCGUAUUAGUGUCUGAGGUUAUACUUCCAGAAAGGUCUACUGCACUCCAUUGCAUUAACUGUAUUUUUAAUCUAUUUUUGCAGAUGUUUCUGCACUUAAUACAAAAAAUUAAAAAAUACUCAAUUAACAAUGAUAGCAUAUAAUAUAAUUGAUUUCCGUAAACUGUUAAA